AUGGAGAGCUACACGAAAAAAACCUUCACCUCCUCCCGCUCCCUGACGUAUACCUACUACGACUCCGCCCCCACCAAACCAAUCGACGCCUCCAAACCCACCAUCUUCCUCGUCCACGGCUUCCCCGACAACGCGCACCUCUGGAAACACGUCCUCCCCCACCUCGAGCCAUUGGGCUUCCGCAUCAUCCUCCCCGACCUACUCGGCUACGGCUCAUCCUCCCGCCCCACGACCGCGUCCCACUACACCUCCCGCGCCUGCGCCGCCGACUACGCCGCGCUCCUCGCUGCCGAAGGCAUCACGCGCAACGUCAUCGCCAUCGGGCACGACUGGGGCUCGUACUACGCGCAACGACUGUAUCUCUGGCACCCGGAGCUCGUCGUCGGCCUGGGCAUGCUGUCGGCGCCGUACAUGCCGCCGGACGCGCCGUUCGACCUAGCCGGCGCGAAUGCCGCGACGGAAGCAGCCACCGGCUGGCCGCGGUUGGCGUAUUGGGAGCUGUUCACGGCCGACGACGCGGCGGCGGUGCUGGAUGGGCAUCUCGAGAGCUUUUGGGAUGCGUGUCAUGGGGCGGGGGAGCAUUGGGUUAGGGGGAAGUUUUGUACGAGGGGGGAGUUGAGGGCGUUCGUGGAGGGGGGUAGGGAGGCGGAGGUGCUGGAGUAUGCGAGGCCGGGGAAGGGGUGGCGGGAGGAGUGGUUGAGCGCGGUGAGGGAGGGGGGCGGGAUGGCGGGGGCGUUGGGGCCGUAUUUGGCUAUGGCCGGGAAUUAUCAGUAUGAGGUUGAGAAGGAGUUGCCAAGGGAGCGCAUCGUGGUGCAGGUGCCGUCGUUCUUUUUAGGGUGCGAGCGCGAUGAUGCGUGUUUGUGGCAGUUGAUUGAGGGGCCGAAGAAGGCGGGGCUGCUGCCGGAUUUGACGGUCAAGAUCAUCGAUUCUACGCAUUGGUGCACGAUGGAGAAGCCGGGCGUGGUGGGGAAGGCGCUGUAUGAAUGGCUAUCUGAGAAGUUCUAA